UUUUAAUUGAUUGAUAAAGACAAAAUAUCCGCAAUGUAUCUGUGAUAUGGAUUAUAUUCAUGUUGAAAUUUUAAUAACUAUACACAAUUACGCAUUUAUUUCAUUGUUAUCAAUUGAUUAGGAUAUUGUUUUUUCUAUGAUUGAAAGUAUGCGACAUCGUGGUCCUACUACUGAACUUUCAUCUAAUGUAUAUCUUGAUAAACAUUGUUCUAAUACAACAAUGUUAUCAUCAAAUGAUUCAUCAAAAUCUAAUAAUAAUAAUAAUAAUCAUCAACAACAACAACAACAACAACAACAUCAAGGAAUAUAUUGUACAAAUGUCACUUCUAAAACAACUGGAUUAUCUCCUGUUUUAUCACGGAUACAUCCAACGAAUGGAUCUAAUUGUUUUACUCAAUCAAAUCGAGUACAACGUCAUGAUUUCAAAUCGAAAUAUUCAAAUCAAUUCAAUAAUAAUCAUCAUACAUCUCAAGAGAUAAAUAAUAAAACUGGAAGAUAUAUAAAUCAUCGAAAAUUACGUAAAAAAUCUAAAUGUGAAACAAGAUUUCAAAUGAAUGGUAAUAUAGAUCAAAAUUUUCAUUCACUUAAAGUCACUAUUAGAAGAACAUAUAAAUCUAAUAAAUUAGAAAAUGGUAUUUGUGCAAUUGUAAAUACACCAGAUGGAAAUAUUAAUCAUGAUAUAUCACAUCAUCAAUCAUUUAAUCAUACUAAUGAUAAUAAUUCAACAAAACAAUGUGAUAGUCAAUUAUAUAAUGAAAAUUUAGAUCAGAAUAUAUAUCAUCCUGAGCUUUUAUCAGUAUUCGAAAAGCCUUGUCAUUUUGUUGAUUCUUCAACUUCUACAGUUGAUAGUGCUACCUUAACUGAACCAGACCUUCUUGGACCUUGUGAACCAGGCACAAAAGUUGUUGUAGAAGGUGUGGUAUGGUUAGAAGCUACAGGGAUGCUUGUUCUUAGUCUUCAUUGGCGAGGACGAAACUAUAUGGGCACUUUGUUAGAUUCAUCAAAACAAACAUUUGCACCUACUUGCAUGGAUAAAGGUGUUGCCAGUGCAUUGAAUCUCUUACGUGGUCGAAAAUCUUGGUGUGAUCCACACAGAGGUUAUCAAGCUCGUGGCCUUCAUCAUUUUCACCAUCUGCGUCAUCAUCGUCGUGGUGGUGGUGGCAGUACUACUGGCAUAUCAAUGACUACUCGAUCAGCUUCGGCAGCGGCAGCCGCUGCAUCACAAGACUCAAGAGAGGGGAGUGUAGAUUCGAAAGACCAAUCUGUUGUUAAUGAUCCUUAUUCAACGGAGUGUAUUGACCAACCGUAUGUACCUGUAGAGACAAGUUAUAGCAAGAAGUCUGGCAAUGUUGCAUCACAUGAUAUUCCCCAACGUGGAGCUAAAGGACGUAGACGUCGUGGCACUGGUCGAAGACCAGUUCGUUCUAUUGGUGUAGUCUCUCCAUCUCUUGAAUGUUCUAUGAACACAUCUUUGCCCGAAACUAAACAAACCCCUAACGAUGAUGCAGAUAACCAAACAAACGUUUUGUCAGAUGUUUUAUCUUCAAAAUCCGAUUGUAAAUUACCACUCAGUUGUCCAUUCAAUGGCUGUGAAAAGCGUUUUGCCGAUAUUCUUAGUAUGCGUUUUCAUUUCACAAUGGGACAUCAUAACGUUCAAACCAUAGAAAUGAAAAAUAUGAGAGAAUCUCUUGUUGAGCCUAUUAUUGAUCAGGCUAGAUGGAUAAAAAGUGAAGAUUUUGAUAGUAAUCUUGAAAUAUCUGUUUGUGAUAUCUCUGCUAAUUCAUCUCCUCCACCGAAAUUAGCAAGAGCACAUUGUACCAAAGAUAGAAGUAGUGACAGUAACGAAACAAGUUUAGUUUUAACAAAUGGUGAUGAUAUUGAUGAUAAUAUUGAUCCACCGAAACUACAUCGUGUUGUAUCGAUAUCUGAUUCUUUUUCUAAUGCAAAUCCACUUAUUGAUCCAGGUGACUCAAACUCAUCGAAGUUUGAUAAUAAUCACCAUACAACAGAUGUUCUUGACGAGCCUCCUACUGCUAGUCCUGCAUAUUCUGAUAUCUCUGAUGAUGGUACUGUAUCAUCUACAACUAAUAAUUUCCCAGUUUUAAACUUAGGAAUGGCAUCAAUUGAUGUUCAGAAUUCCAGAGAAGCAAUAUUGAAUUCUUCAUCAAUUUUAUCAAAUCUUUCUAAUCAACCACCCUUACCCCAAGGAUACAUUGAUGUUUCCAGACGCUUAAAUCUAUCUCCACUUAUAUUGUCUUCGUGUUCUACCGUUACUGGAUCUAAUGAAUCGACUAAAUUAUAUUUUCCUGCUAAUUUGUUUUCUCCAACUCUAAAGGGUGUAAGCAAUAUCUUCUAUCAAACUGCAUCUCCAACCAUUAAAUCCAUGGACAAACAGAGUGCAGAAAGUGGAUUAAAACCGACCAGAAAUAAUAAUUCCCCUAUAACUUAUCCUUUUCAGAAAGAAUCGCCUUCCAGAUCCCUUAUAACCAACAAUAACAAUCAUAAUAGCAGUAACCCAUCAGUAUUAAAUGAUUUAUCAAGUUCUCAGUCAUCCCCUUCUAAUAGUGCUCCAUUAAUUCCAUCAUCAAAUCAUGAUAAUUCCCGACAGCUGACUUUUCUCUCUGUUUCUCCUGGAUUAGUUAUGACUGAGAAAACUUCACGUCCAUCAUCCACAGGAUCAUUUGUAUCAAAUCCUCUUACUUUUUGUGUUUCACGAAAUUCUCCGGUUCCACCACGACCCGGUUUAUCCGAUCAAGGAUUAAUAUCAUCGCAUAAUAAUCAUCAUCCAUUUUAUCAACAUCAUCAGCCUUCUGCGCUGUCUAAAUCGUAUGAAUAA